CUCUUGAGCUCUUGAGUCAGCCUUCUAAGAAUCUUCAGCUCGCUCGCGGUCGCAGACUCCAGAGGGCUCAAACAGCACUAUGGCGACCAAAGAAGACCAAGAGUCGCUACGUCUUCUUGUCCAACACGUCUCCCGAGGAUUCUAUGAACCAAAGUUCACUAUCAUCAUGGACCAGCUAGCCCGUCAUCCGGUUCUCAAGGAUGACGACCUGGCCGGGCGGAUGGGCCUUCAGGCGAAAGAAUUGAAUAAACUUAUGGCUGUUUUAGGGAACGACCGCCUGGUGCAAGUGUACCGCCAAAACGAGCUCAAGGAAGGGGCUCAGAGGUCUGUCGGAAGACAGUACUAUUACAUUGACUACAAGCACUUUUGCGAUGUCGUUAAAUGGCGCAUUGCAGAAAUGCGGAGAAUCAUAGACUCGGGUCUCCGUAAUGAACUUGACAACAAAGGUUAUAUCUGUCCUCAGUGUAGCAAGUCGUACACAACAUUAGAAGUUGACAAGCUAAUGGAUUUUUCGAGAGGAAUAUUUGUGUGCGAGGAUUGCCGCGCAGAAGUUGUGGAGAAUGAGAACGCGGAGAACGUCAGGGGGAGUCAGGACCGGAUGCAGAGGUUCAACCACCAGAUGCGGUUUGUUGUCGAAGGAUUGAGAAAAACAGAGUCUAUGGUCCUUCCAGCGCUCGAUGUUCCUACUUGGGUCAAAAAUAAUGUCGGUGAUGUUGAAAAGCAAAAGACUGGCCAGGUGUCAGGUUUGAAAAUAGCAGGAUCUGGGCCUGGUGGGAGACAAGAAGAUGGUGUUGGCAUAGUCAUGUCAAUGGACAAAGACGAAGCAACGAGACGGCAGGAACGAGAUGCCGAGGCAGCGGCAAAACGACAGCAAAACGCUCUGCCAGCAUGGCAUUUGAAGAGUACUAUCACCGGAGAUCUGACAGCUCUUGGCAUGCAGGAGAGUGCGCGUGCUGUGGCGAGAGAAGGCGAGGGUCUGCCAGUAUCCAGUGACGACGCUCUGAAAGGACUUGGAACUAUCGGCACUCAACCGCGUCUACUUCAACUAACGGCAGUGACGGAAGAUGUGAAACCAGAAAUCAACCAAGAAAUGGAUUAUUGCGAUCAGUACUAUGCCUCGUUGGCGGCCUCUAAUGCAGUUUCCUCUCAGAACACGCCCAGAUCUGGCCUCGGAAGCGAAGAGUUGGAAGAGGAUGAUCAAAAACCCUCUGUGCAGUACCUAGAUUCCCUAAAUGAUUACAGGAAGCGGUCCCGAUCAAAAGAGGACGAGGGUGCUGCGGCGACAAAGUUGCCCAAAAUCGAUGUCCCAGAACUAGAACCAGAUAUCACUGAUUCUAUGAUGGAGGUAAACGGGGCAGAUGAUACCCCUGUAUUAGUUAACGGUGUCUUGAAACCAUUUUCGGAAGUCACUGAUGAAGAUACCGAACUUAUGACACCCGACGAGUAUACCGCUUACUACGAAGUUUUGCAGUCACGGUCGUAGACCUAAUUUAUUUAAGCUACCCUGGAUUUAAGUGGUUGAUGAAGGGAAACACUAUAAUUUGUUGUACUGAUCCAAGAUAAUAUACGCAUUCUCGUGUAUGAUGUACUGCCGACGUUCGAGUUGGUCACACCUUCUUUGCAUUAGUCGAACUCCCUCAGGCCUCAGACCGUGUAAAGAAAACUUAAGUAGGGCCUGUCCCCGAUGCAACUGCGGUAUGGUGACCUGGUCGUGACAUACUCCAAGCCUUCAAGUUCAACACGUGAUUCGUACCUGAGCCCGGGAGCAUAUUCGUG